UAUAUCAGCCAUCAGCCAUGCUUUGGAAGUUGGAACAAAGAAAAAGGAGGUCAGGCUUGCAAUCUCAUGGAGGUUCUCUCCGCUUUCUUCCCUGUCAUCCUCAUUCUAUUUAUCAGCAGCAGCAGCAUCCAGACCUGGUGUUUCAUGUACCCAAGCCAGAAUGAUUGCUUGUUUCCAUUUGGGAAUGGCGAUUGUGUCCAAAUAAGCUUCCCUUUCCGACUCAGUGAUCAGUCAGAGUCAUGUGGGUAUCCAGGGUUUGAGCUCUACUACCAGCACGAGGGCGAGGGCGAAUCAGUAAUGCUCAAUCUUCAAUCUCUUCAGCCGUUUAGAGUUUUUGAUAUAGAUUACGAUUGGCAACUCCUCUUUGUCUCUGACCCAGGCGGAUGCCUCUUCACAAGACUUCUCAAUCUUAGUCUCUUAUCAUCGCCUUUCCGUCUUCUCAAUUCAACAAAUCAUAAUCGAUAUCAGUUACGUUGUUAUGGCAACCGCGCCUUUUAUCAGGCACAAUAUUAUAGAUAUAGGACAGAUGAUAAUUUCUAUAAGCCUGUUAAUUGUUCAUUAAAUGCAUCAUCGUAUGGUUACUCUUUCGUUGAAGUCCCUUGUGCGAGACAUCUUCCUGGCUACUACUACUGGGCCACGGAUAGCUUGUCCCCGGAAGUGCUUGCACAAUUCCAGUGUAAAGUAUUGACAGACGAGAAAUUUUUUAUAACCACAAACUUCUAUAGACCACAACAACAAAUUUUGAUCCUGAUAUGGGAUCAACCAAACCGUAGACAUUACCAUGGUGGUUGUAGACUCAACAUGACAAGCAAAGACAGCGAAUGCUAUGCCCAGACACCGAAUUAUCCUCCGUCAUUCAUUCUUGAUCAAAAUUUUGGCAAAGCAGCUUCCCGAGUAAGGAAUCUGAUCAUAGGCGAGUUCCUCCCUCUUCGAUCCCUACUAUUUGAUUUACAUGCAUGCACAAACAAAUACUUAAACUCUAAAUCAUUGAUCCAUCUAUUUAAUUUUACCCCUGCAGGUCUUGUCAUUUCGAUAACUUUUGUGGUCGUAGCAAUCAUAUACAUAGUUCUGAUAACCCACAGAAUGUCAAUUAGCAAGAUGAAGGAUAAGAAAAACCUCAAGAUUGAAAAUUUCUUGAAGGAGUACAAGCACAUGAAACCGACAAGGUAUUCCUAUUCUCAACUCAAGAAAAUGGCAGACAACUUCAAGGUAAAACUAGGCCAAGGAGCCCACGGCAGUGUGUUCGAAGGGAAGCUACCCAACGGAUUGCCCAUGGCUGUUAAGGUUCUUGACAAUCAAACUCUAAGUGGAGAGGAGUUCACCAACGAGAUUGACACAAUUGGGAGGAUCCACCAUAUCAACAUCGUUCGCCUGUUAGGAUUCUGCGUCGAGGGGUCUGCAAGGGCACUGAUCUACGAGUUCAUGCCAAAUGAAUCACUAGAAAAGUACAUAGCCAUGGAAGAGGGAAAGAACGUGUCCGUCUUCUCUUGGACCAAGCUGCACGAAAUCAGCAUGGGCAUAGCUCUGGGGAUGGAGUAUCUUCACCAGGGAUGCGACCAACGAAUCCUUCACCUCGACAUCAAGCCACAAAACAUCUUGCUCGACCAAGAAUUCAACCCAAAGAUAUCCGAUUUCGGGCUGGCAAAAUUGUGCUCCAAGGAGAGGAGCCUCGUGUCCAUGACUGCGGUCAGGGGCACCGUCGGCUAUAUAGCGCCAGAGGUUUUCUUAGGCAGCAACAGCACAGUUUCGCACAAGUCCGACGUCUAUAGCUUCGGAAUUCUGCUGCUGGAAAUGAUUGGUGGAAGGAGAAAGAUGGAUGAAUCGGACGAAAGUUCUCGCCAAAUUUACUUCCCGGAGUGGAUCUAUCAGCAGUUAAAGCAAGGGGGAGAGCUAGGAUUGGUCACUGACACGGAUGAAGACGUUGAGAUUGCAAAGAAGCUGACGAAGAUUGCGUUGUGGUGCGCGCAAUGGAGACCAGUGGAACGGCCAUCCAUGAAGCUGGUAGUUCAAAUGCUGGGAGCAAGCCAGGAAAACUUGCCGAUGCCGCCUAAUCCCUUCGCUUCUUGUCUGGAGGAAAAGAUUCUGGAUUGCAUAGAUAUCGUAGAGGAAUAAAAGGUUGCUUACGGAUUGAUGAAUGUAAGAGAGAGAAAUUAUGUAUGCAUAUGGACUGCCUUAAUGUACUCUGUUUGUAUAAGUUUCUUUGUCAAAAAUGUUUGAAGAAACUUGAUAAGAAAUCAAUGUUGGUUAUUAUCUUUAA